CUAAUUAACAAAAAGUUAGCCAAUUUCUAGUCAUUGAAAAAGGAUUCUGUUUGUUUCUUUCAUUUUUUUUUGUCAUUUUCUACAUUUUAACCAAUUACAUCUAAACAACAAAAACAUAUACACAACACGGGUAACCUUAUCUUUUUUUUACCUCAGAAAAUUUGAAAUCUUUAUUUUGCAAUAAAUAAACAUUCAACAGAGAAAGAGAGAGAGAGAGUCAUCACUUUUGCCAUUAUCGAUCAUUGUUUUUUUUUUGUUAUGAUACUAGAUUUGAAUAUUUUUUUUCACAUUUUUUCUCAACAAAAAAAAGAAGAAAUUUUCAUCAUCUAAAAAAGUGGUCUUUUGUCUCUCGAAUCAACAUUCAUUCACCACAUAUUCACACACACACACACAAACAUUCACACAGCAUACAUAAAUCUAUCCGGUUAAAAAAAAGUGAGAUGUCAUCUAUAAUCAAACAAAAUAGCAAGCUAAACGAAGAAGACGAAUAAAUAUAAUAAAAAAAAAUUAAAAACGUGUGCCAACCAUAUACGAAAAUUAUUAUUAUUAUUGUUAUUUUCAAAUUCACGCCUACACACACACCCAUAUACCACCAUUGUUUAAUUUUCGUUGUUUAAACAUUUUUUUUUUCAUUUAUGAUUACCAUUCUAUGAUAUCGUUAUCGUUACUAUAUUUCUUGUAAUUACUUUUUUUUUGUUGUUAGUGCUUCCAAUUCUUAUCACUGGGCUAGAUGUGUGCAUGUGUGUGUGUGUGUGUGUGGUAUAUCCGUUUCCGUUAUAAGAAUUUAAUUUAAUCUGUUCAUCAUUUAUUAUCAUUCUAACUAGUCAAGUUGUGAUUUUUGUGAAUCAUUUGAAACUCAAUCAACAACAGAUACCAUCAUCACAACAACAACAACAACAACAAAAAAACAUAUAAUUGUGAAUCUAUUAAUUGCCGUAAAAAGAAUAAAUUUUGUCAACUAACAUUUUAUUAAAAGUCUCAAAUUGCAAAUUGAAAAAUAAACCGAAAAUGUCAACAACGAAUGCAACGAUCAUCAGUCCUUUAAUUACAAAACAGAUUAUUAAACAGGAAAUUAUUAAAGAAGAAGAUGAAUGUAUACGAUAUAUUUCCACCAGUACAAGUUCAAGAAAUAACAGCAACAGUAACAGUACAACAACAUCAUUGAAUAAUGAAGAAUCAUUGGAUGUUAGAAAUGGACAUAAUUAUACGGCUGCCAUUAUUAAAUCGACUUCCAACAACCAGAAUACCUCACAUCAACAUCAUCAACAGCAGCAGCAAACAAUAUCAACAUUACAUAGAGGUGUGACAACUAUAACGACAACUGCCAAUAAUAAUCAUCGAUCAUCAUCGGCCAAUAUAAAACGGAUCGAAUUUCCUAUUUCCAAGCAUCAAAUCAAUAACAGUAACAGUAAUAGCACAACACAAACAUCGAUCAAUGUCGAUCUCUUUAGCGCACCAGCAAGCCUUGAACAUUCACCAUCAUCAUCACCAUUGAAUUAUAAUAAUAAUAAUGACACUCAUCAUCAAGAAAUGUUUUGCUCAAGCACCGUUUCAGGUGAUAUAAACACAAAUGUUUGUCUGGAUACAAAUGAUUUAAAUAAGGUACGUGAUUCAUCCCCAAAACGUCUAUGUUUGGUUUGUGGUGAUACGGCAUCCGGUUUUCAUUAUGGUGUUGCAUCAUGUGAAGCUUGUAAAGCAUUUUUUAAACGGACUAUUCAAGGCAACAUUGAAUAUACAUGUCCAGCGACCAAUAAUUGUGAAAUCAAUAAGAGAAGACGUAAAGCAUGUCAGGCAUGUCGUUUUCAAAAGUGUCUUCGCAUGGGUAUGCUUAAAGAAGGUGUACGAUUGGAUCGUGUUCGUGGUGGUAGGCAAAAAUAUCGCCGUACUUCGGAAGCACCAUAUCAGGGACAGAAUUACAGUCUAAAAAAAUCCAAUAUUGAUGAUAAUCGAAUUAUUGCUGCAUUGAUUAAAUGUGAGCCUGAACCGAUAAUGAGUAAUGCCAAUAUGCAUCUAUAUAGUCCUAGUUCGAAUAACAGCAUUUCAUCCGUUUCAUCAUCACAAUAUAAAAAUCUAUGUAUUUUAAGUGAAUUGGUUGAUAAAGAAUUAGUGGCUACAAUAGCAUGGGCUAAACAGAUACCCGGUUUUACUGAUUUAAUUCUUAAUGAUCAAAUGCGUUUAUUACAAUCAACUUGGGCUGAAAUAUUAUCAUUAUCACUUGCGUUCCGAUCUCAACAAUAUAGUUCACCGCCAAACACACCUGCAUGUCUUAGUCCAAGCAAUGCAUCGUCGACAACGAAUCCAAUAUUUAAUAAAUUAGUGUUUGCAACAGAUUUUAUUAUCGAUGAUCAACAGGCUGCUCAAUGUAAUGCCGAAGAAUUGUUUGCUCAUCUGAUUCAAUUGAUUCGACGUUUGAAUCAGUUGAAAAUUGCCAAGGAAGAAUAUUUACUUAUGAAGGCAAUCAUAUUGACCAAUGCGGAUAUACAAUUGGAAAAUCAAGAAAGUGUUUCAAAACUACGUGAUACAUUGCUACAAACAUUACAGGAAUGUGUUUCCAUACUGCGACCACAAUCAGCUAUAAAUCAUCUUAGUCAAAUAUUUCUAUGUUUUCCAUUGCUUAGACAAUUGGAUACGGUUACACGGCGAUUAUGGUCAAAUAUAUUGCAAGAAGGAAGUGUACCGAUGCAAAAAUUGUUUGUCGAAAUGCUUGAAUCAAAUGUUGCAUUCUGAACGAAUUCAAAAUUUACCGAUUAAAUUUGAAUCAAUCAAUCAACAAUCAACCAUAGAAAACAACAAUUCAACAAGACGUCGAUCGGUUUUGUUGGUGAUUGUUCAACAUAGUAUUUGAUUGAUAAUUUGAUUCACGUUAUAUAUAAUCAUCAUCAUCAUCAUCAGCUCGCUUUUUACACGGCAGAAAUUAUUUUAUUUGUUAAUUUUACAUUCACAUGUUUUUGUUGUUAUUUUUUUUGUCGUUUAAAAUGAUGUGUGUGCACAAAACUUUCAAAUGAAUACCGAUAGAAGAGUUAAGAGUAUUUUUUUCAAUAGAAAUUAUGACAAAGAUUUUUAGCUGCUCAUUUUCAUUUUAAAAUAUACUAAACAAUACACACCUCC